AUGAAUGGAGGACGUAACUAUGUGAACAGCUCUAGCGCGUGUCAAGCCCGCCCUGUGGUAUGGCCAGAGAGAUUCCGAUUUCCCGAGGAGGAAGGAGCCAUGGGCGAGUGGGUGAGUAUCUACACGCCAGCACAAAUUAACCUAUGGAAAUCUGGACUUUUUCACUCCCAUUUGGGAAGUCGCCCUUCUUGAGCAAAACGUGCCGGUCUUGUUGGAGGUUUGA